GAAGGGAACCCGGGUUCCUCUUCUAGCAGAGGGCUCUUCUGCAUGAAGGUAUAAAGAGAUUUUCCUCUUCUCUCCCUCAAACUGAAGAACACAUAUGUAAAUCCUUGUUUUUCCUGUGAGGCAGGGGAGGCCACAGCCACAAUGCUUAACUGCGCGCCUCUAACCCGGGGCUGGUUUUAACCCCCGCGCUCCGACCUGGGCGGCGCAGCUCCCGGAAAUUCCAAGGAACCUGGUGGACUUAGUCCUUCAGGUGGAACAGAGUGCGACAUGGGAAAGAAAACCAAGCGGACAGCCGAUAGUUCAUCUUCAGAGGAUGAGGAGGAAUACGUUGUGGAGAAGGUGCUAGACAGGCGUGUGGUUAAGGGGCAAGUGGAAUAUCUACUGAAGUGGAAAGGAUUUUCUGAGGAGCACAAUACUUGGGAACCUGAGAAGAAUUUGGAUUGCCCUGAGCUAAUUUCUGAGUUUAUGAAAAAGUAUAAGAAGAUGAAGGAAGGUGAAAAUAACAAACCCAGGGAGAAGUCAGAAAGUAACAAGAGGAAAUCCAAUUUCUCCAAUAGUGCGGAUGAUAUCAAAUCCAAAAAAAAGAGAGAGCAGAGCAAUGAUAUCGCUCGGGGCUUUGAGAGAGGACUGGAACCAGAAAAGAUCAUUGGGGCGACAGAUUCCUGUGGUGAUUUAAUGUUCCUAAUGAAAUGGAAAGACACAGAUGAAGCAGACCUGGUUCUUGCAAAAGAAGCUAAUGUAAAAUGUCCACAGAUUGUGAUAGCAUUUUAUGAAGAGAGACUGACGUGGCAUGCGUACCCUGAGGAUGCGGAAAACAAAGAGAAAGAAACAGCAAAGAGCUAAAGGAAGGGUGGUCUCUGUCAUUUCUCUUUGUAUAUAAUACAUUCACCUCCCUGCCUCUUCUCCCUCCUUCCCACCCCCUCUUCCCUAAACACAUCCAUAAAAAAUGUGCUUAUCACUGUGCUCCACA